ACAGGGCAGUGUAGUUCCAGAAAAUAGGACUGACCAAGAAGCAGAAAAGCAAGAUGAAUGAUGUGAAGCUUGCUGUCUUGGGUGGUGAAGGAACAGGCAAAUCUGCCCUUACAGUGAGGUUUCUUACUAAGCGAUUCAUUGGAGAAUAUGCUUCUAAUUUUGAAUCUAUCUAUAAGAAGCACUUGUAUUUGGAAAGGAAACAACUAAAUCUAGAAAUAUAUGACCCUUGUUCUCAAACACAGAAAGCAAAAUUCUCCCUCACAAGUGAGCUUCACUGGGCAGAUGGGUUUGUUAUUGUGUAUGACAUCAGUGAUAGAUCUUCAUUUGCUUUUGCAAAAGCACUGAUCUACAGAAUCCGGGAGCCACAAACUAGUCAUUGUAAAAGAGCUGUGGAAUCAGCAGUGUUUUUGGUUGGCAACAAACGAGAUCUUUGUCAUGUGCGAGAGGUUGGCUGGGAAGAAGGGCAAAAGCUGGCACUGGAUAACCGAUGCCAAUUCUGUGAACUGUCUGCAGCAGAGCAGUCUCUGGAGGUGGAGAUGAUGUUUAUCAGAAUUAUCAAGGACAUCCUGAUAAACUUCAAACUCAAAGAAAAGAGACGUCCCAGUGGAUCUAAAUCAAUGGCCAAAUUGAUCAAUAAUGUAUUUGGAAAGAGAAGGAAAUCUGUUUAGUAGACAGGUAAUCCUGGGAGAUUUGUUAUAUCAGAGAGUUUCAAACAUUCACAUGAUAAUUAAACUAACCUUUGUAUGCAAUUUUUUUUGGUAAAAAGAAUUCUCUUGGAGAUAUGAAAUGAUUGAGUAUGAACCACAGCUGUGUUUUCAAAUAUGCAGUUUGCCUUUUUGGUUGUUGUAUCCUGCUCACUCUCCUUCACACAGAACCUUUCAUUUAUUGUACAACAUUGCACUCACCCUAACCUACUGGCAGACAGCGAUCCCAGUUUGCCUUGCCAAAUAAACUCUGUUUAUGUGAAUUUAUUAAACGACCAUGCCAUAGUUUGUGGUUUACCUUUAUUUUAUAUAGUUAUUUGGAAUGAAAUGGGUAUUUAUAUUCAUACAGUUAAUAGGUCACAGAGCUUAGUUUAUCAAUCUAUGAAAGUUCUUGAUUUAUUUAAUAGAAUUGCAUGCAUUUAUUUUAAUCAUGUCCUUAUAAUAAUUCAGUAGCUUACAUAAUAUUAUGCAUAUAACUUAGGCCCCUAAGCAAAUUCCUUCCCCAAGAGUAUAUAUAUUCUGUAGUUGAUCUGAUGAUGAAAAAGUACUCUUCCCCAUUUCCAUGUAUCACGCUAUGUUAGCAAGGAUCAUUAUCACAGAUAUAUUAUUUUAUAGAGCUAAGGUCCUUUUUAGAUCAAAAGAUUUAGAAACUCAUACAUCAUAGGAUGGAAAGAAGUAAAAACUUAUCGGGGAAUUUAUAACCUUAAAGGCUUUGUUGCCCUGAAAUAAGUAUUUGUGGAUUAGGUACAAACAUUUUGGUUCUUCUCAGGUUACUCUAAUUACUGUUUCUUUCCAAAGACAAGCAUCCACCUCGUAGACCACAGUACCACUUCCACAGCCCCUGUGGACCUUUGACGCAAGAUGUGUUUCAAGUUGAGACCCAAGGCUUAAUUUUGGCCAAAUUGCUGAUGAAGUUAGGUCUCAGGCACAGGAAAUUACGACAACAAGCAAUGCCACAUGUACACACUUGGUUAAUAAGUAUUGUCAAGACCCUGGGGACCAAUGUGAUGAAGAUCUUUAAUAGAGAGUGUUGGAGUGGCCUUGGAGAGGGGUGAAACAGAAUAUUAAGCUCGAUAGGAGAAAAUUUACUGACAUGAGAUCAUUCACCAUGAGUCACAAUGCAACAUUGUAAGAGUGACACCUACAGCUGGUCUAUAUAGAUUUGCUGUUCCCUAGAAGUCUGACCUUGACAAUAUAACUGAUGUAAAAGUAGUGGGAAAACAGAAAUUAAUGUGGUAGUGUACAAAAUUGGUUUAGAAUGUUUAUAAGGACGUGAAGGAGGAGUUUAGGGUUAAUAUAUUAAACUAGUCCCAAGAACCCAGUGUUUGACUAUGAUCCCUGGGAGAAUUCAGGGGAACUUCCUUUACUCAGGAAGUAGGGAUGCACUGAUGAGUAGGCACAGACAGCUCUGAGAAGCUUAGUGGUGACUCUGCUCUAUGGGUCAGAGUUAACAGUAGAUCCACUCCGUUGUUUUACAUCAGUGGGUGCUACCACUGAACUGUGCUGCCCCAUAUCAAUGCAGAUCAUAGGAUCCUGGAACAGCAGAAUCUGGAUGCUAGCAUUUAACCUGCAGCUUGUUAUCUACUCUCCCAGCAACCUAAGAAAUGGUGCCACGCCCAGGGUGGAGGUUUUACUUCAGAAACUGACUGGUUGGAUACUUAGAAGUGAUGUCCUCAAUCAGCCACAUUGAGGAAAAGUCCAUAUUGUAGACCCAUGCAUUGCUUCCAUCUCUGCCACCAUGACCACUGUUAUCGUGGGUCAGUUACAUAAGGAGAGAUGGCCAGAAAAAAGAGUCAGGUGGAUAUCUGGUGGCCAAGUCAUCCUGUCCAGCUCGUUGUAAAGUUAUAUCUCUGCUGGGCAUUAACAUGAUACACAAAGAUCUGUGUAUUUUAUGAUUCCUCUGAGAGUUAUCCUUUCACAUACUUUUCCUUUAAAACUUAUUGUCAUGGGUAUUCCAGCUUAACCUUUUACAUACUUCUGACCAACUGGAAAAACUAUUAAUCACUGCCUAGAAAUAGUGUAUUACAUGCUACUUUUCUUACCCUACUACAUUUUUAAAGUGGUGAACUUUUAAAAAUGUUACUAAGGUCUUUUUUAGUCUAGUUUAUUAAAUUAUCGAAAAGGGUAAAUGAGGAAGGAUACAUACAAAUGUUUUCAAUGGUGAGCCACAAAUAUCAUAUAUAAUUUAAUGAAAUAGUGAUAUAUUUUGCUUUCCUAGUCUUUUGUAGACAACAAAGUGUAUUUCUUGAAAUUCUGCCAACUGAGAUAAUUUCUUUCUGUUAAUGAACUUCAUGGUCAUCUCUGUAAGACUGUAAUGACACACAGGCUUUUUCUGGCUGGCACUAAUAUAUCACGUUUAAGUGAGGACAGCUUCCCAUCAACUAGGAACAUUUAUAUUAGAUAGCUAUGUGAGUGAAAAAUAAACUUCUAUUGUAC